AUGAAUUCACCCAGUUCAUUUCAAGACCAGUUUGUGAUGCAAUUUAAAACAGAAAACGUUGUCAACUUUCGCGUUCGUUUCCCAUUCACCGAUAAUUAUAAAUUAAUAUUUUUCAUAAAAGAUAGCAAUGAUCAUUAUUACGAGGAAAUGUGUGAAUUCAGAAUAUAUUAUGUUGGGGAAAUCGCUAUGACUCCAUUUCCACCUUCAAUUCAGUCGCUUUGGGGUGCCUCACAAAAAAUUAAUGACAAGUUGUUGAUAACAGUAGGCUGCUCAGAAGUUUGUGAAUAUUGUUUAAUGGUUUUUGCUUGUGCUGAUUUCGAUAAACUAAAGGAAUAUCACUUAGCUUUUCAAUUUGCUGUCACUAAUGAGAACAAAAACAUGAAAAUUACAUUCCCGAAUCUUGCUAUCGGCUUUCUUGGGCCUCAAUCUUUGAACAGUCUUUUUCAAGUGCAUUUACUCGAGCAAGAUGAUUAUUUUAUUGAAUUUGAUAAAAACAACAUACAUUUAAAAUUCAGAACUGAAGCUUUUUCCAGAUUCACUUGCAAAUUGCUAGAAGUCAUUGAUGAAACUCUGAUAAAUAGAAACGUAAAUAAAUUACUUCAAAGGAAGAAUGAAUAUUUAUUUGUUAAUUUAAUUUUACCGUCCACAAAUGUAUUCUUAUUGCAGCUCUUUGUGUCAAUGAAUAGUUCAACUUUUGUUAAUGUUUAUAAUUUGUUGUUGAAAUCUCAUAAAAUAUCUGCAACAGCCAAUUAUCCAAAGCAAUUAAAUCAUUGGAAUGGGUUUUUACAUGAACCCUUACGUUACGAGUUAAAUAAUGUAGACGAACAUACUUUCAAAUUAGAAGUAAAAAACGCACACAAGAUUGUUAUGAAAUUCAACAACACAAUUUAUGACUUUCACGAAGUUGAACACAACAUAUGGCGUUUGGAAACGUCAUUUUCUGAGUACAAAUGCGGAAAAGUUCUCAUCCUAGCAUGUUUCAACGAUAAAACAGAUUGCUAUAAUGCUAUUUUGCAAUAUAAAAUUUCUUGUUGA